AUGCCCCAGUUAAACAGUCAAAGAGUGUUCUCUGCAUUCUCUGCAGUGGUGACAUUUCAAACGUGUUGCUUGCUUGCAGAUCAGCAAAAAACAACAGUGAUUGAAAACGGUGAAAUCAGAUUCAAUGGAAAAGGAAAGAAGAUACGGAAGCCUCGAACCAUUUAUUCGAGUUUACAACUUCAGGCUUUAAAUCAUCGCUUUCAGCAGACUCAGUACCUGGCACUUCCAGAGAGAGCUGAACUGGCAGCUUCCUUAGGACUUACUCAGACACAGGUGAAGAUCUGGUUUCAGAACAAACGCUCCAAGUUUAAGAAGCUGCUAAAGCAGGGCAGCAAUCCUCAUGAGAGCGACCCUCUGCCAGGUUCCGCUGCCCUGUCCCCGCGGUCUCCAGCUCUCCCUCCAGUCUGGGACGUUUCAGCUUCUGCCAAGGGAGUCAGUAUGCCUCCCAACAGCUACAUGCCUGGUUAUUCUCACUGGUAUUCUUCUCCACAUCAAGACACAAUGCAGAGACCACAGAUGAUGUGAAUUGUCCAAGAGAAAUAAUCUAUCAAGAAGCCCUAGUCUCGAUAUGGCAAGCAGUCCGCUGUCUUGCCAACGGUGCCAAUUUAACAGGCUCUGUGUGAACUUGUAUGUGUGGCAAGGAGACAAGGUUGGGUUUUUUUUGUUUUGUUUUGUUUUUUUCCUUUUAGUAACCUCAGUGAUUGAUCUUGAACAGAAAGAGACUUUUCCCCCCAUGCUGGCGCACAUAAGACACUUCUCUUUAGGAUAUUUUAAUUUGGACUCGAAGGAACCAGCCUCGUGGCUUUGGAGUAUACUGUCAAAGCAAACUUUUUACAGACUUUUUCCCACCAGAAGAACCUGAGUAUACCCAGCAACGUUUUUACUUGUUUAAUGAGCUAACGAUAUUACAUGAUGAAAGGGAGGCUAUUCAAGCUCCUGCAUUUGUAUUCACCAAAGCCAGACUGGAGGGGAGGGGGCGCGAAAGUGCUUGAAAAGGAAAAUAUACUGUACGAUUAAAACAUGACCACGAAGCAAAAACUGCAUGCUUUAUCAAAAUGGAAUGGACAGCAACCAAGAAGAAACCACUGUCUCUCCCUCAGAUCUCUGCCCCCAACUCCCCCCUCCCAAAGUCCCCUGAAAUCUAACAGGAAAAGGGCAAAGGAGGAACCCACCAAAACAACCAUCCUAUGGCUUUGAAAGGUUCAGUACUUGAUUGGUGGUAUUCUCACCAAUUCACUAAGCUAUAGAGACGUUUAUAUUGA